AUGCUCGUCACGAGUGAGAAAAAGGCGCUGUCGAGCGCCGAGUCGCCGUGUUUCGGCGCUGCGCUGUGCGGGAAGCGGGUCCGGUGCGCAGUCGAAAGCGAGCGAUCCGGCCUCUGUGGCGCGUCCCAGCGGCUGAUUUUUUUGCAGAAGCUUUCUCAAGACGGCAUUCGCGGUGAGAAGAGCUUUGAAACGAACUGCCGAGCCUUUGCGCUCACUUCGAGUCGCUUUCCCCCACGCGCAGCGAGCGCCGCGAAGGGCCGGCUGCUCGCGCUCGCGCGCAGCGCCAGCCAGCAGCAAGAGCUCGCCGACAGCUUUGCAAGGACUGCCGGCGAGCGCUGCGAGCCCCUCUUUGAAGUUCUCGCCGAACUUGCAAAGGCCCUGCGCGAAGACUGCGGGCUUUCCUUCCCCGCAGCCGCGGGGGCCCUCGAGGAGCUGCAGCGCAGCGCCGCGGGCGUCUCCCGCAUGCUGCAGCAGCUCACAGCCACGAAGGCUGCGCGGGACUUCGAAAACCAAAAACUUGAAAACGAAAUUCAAAACUUGAACGCCAAGGGCUCUCUGAUGAAGCGCACAAACGCGCAGCUUCAAGAAAGUCUGGCGGCUUUGAAGUGCGCAAUAGAGGAAAAGCAAAGCGGCCGCCAAUACCUGGAGUUGGCUGCGGGGCCAAUUGCAGAACAACAGCGAAGCCGCGCGGAGUCCAGGCAGCAGCAGCUGCUGCUGCAGCAAGAAGCAGCAGCUCUUGAAAAGGAAAUUCAAAAACUCGAAAAAGAUAAAACAAAUGAAGAAGCUGCACUUCUGCUGCUCAACGCCCAAGUCGACAGCCAGGGCUUUUGCCUGGAGCUGCUGCUCUCCCAUGCUGCAGCAGCGGAAGAGGAGAUUUCGAAUUUCAAACAAAAAUUCGAAGAAGUGCAAAAACGCAAAAAGGAACUUUCCGAAAAAAUCGCCGAGACCGAAAAGCUCUUUCCUUCGCUGCUGGAGGCAAUCGAGGCCGACGAAGCCGCCCUGAAGCAGCAGUCGAGCAAACUGGCAGAAGCUGCUGCGCUGCAGCAGCAGCAGCAGCAGCAAAACAAUUUGCUGAAGUGCGAAAUCGGCGAAGUCCGCAGCGCAGCAGCUGCUGCAGCAGUUUGCAUUUCGGAAUUGGAAAAGGCGAAACGAAGGUCGAUUGAGGCGGCGCAGGAAAGAGCCAACCAGAUCUUCAUGUUUGCAGAAGAAAUGCAAGUCCAGUUCAACGCAGAAGACUCUCCCGGCGAAGUCGCCGCAGCAGCAACAGAAGAGGCGAACGAAAGACUGGAGAGGCUCAAGAGCGCUCUGCUCUCGACGCGAAACAUGGAAGAAUCGGCGAAGGGGAAAUGCGUUGAAAUUGAAAAAGACCUUUUUUCUCUUGAAAGAGAACUCGCGGCCGGCCGGCAGCUGCUGCAGACAGCAGGGAGUUUGUGCAGCAGGGACUUGAAGGGCCACUUGGAGGCCUUUAAUGCAGCAGCAGAAGAGGAAAUCCGGGAAGUCACUGCGAAAAUAAAAGAAGCAAAAAAAGUGGAGGAAACAGAAAUGCAAAAGCUCGAGGAGGCGCAGGGGAAGGAGAGGGAGGAAAAGGAAGAAAGAGCAAAGUGGGAACAACUCCUGCAAGACUUGAAAUGCCCAAGUUCAGAAAAGAGAAAAGAAAUCGCCAGCGAGGAGCUGGCGAUUUGCGACGAGAAUUUCCGCAAAGAAGUCCAGAGGCUUCGAACUCAGCACGAAAAGGAAAUGAAGGACUUGGAGCAGCAAAACUUCGGAGACAGGCGGGGCCUCUCUUUCGACACCCCACUUGCAUGCGCUGCGGGAGAAGCUGGCGAGCAGCAGCAGCCAAUUCAGCAGCAAAACGAAGUGCGACUUUUCGGAGGUAAUUCAUGA